UUUCUGCCCUGGCUGCACAAAUGUGCUCAAUUAGGGUUAACUCAAACUGAAUCAAACUUCGUGCCUGAGGUUGGAAAUCUUCCCAGUCAACUCACCACAGCCACAUAGCAUGGUGGGAGACAAGGCGAGAGGGGAGAUGAACGCUUUUCAGAGAAACGAAUCCAAGGAAACUUUGUUCACUUUUAUUUCUGCAGGAGAUGAUCCCCCCAAAGGAGAUUACCCUCUUCAGAAAAAAUCUCCGAAACUCUGUGGCUCCAACUACCCCCUGAGCAUUGCCUUCAUUGUGGUAAACGAGUUCUGUGAGCGCUUCUCCUACUAUGGCAUGCGAGCUGUCCUGACACUGUAUUUCUUAAGUUUCUUCCACUGGGAUGAGAAUCUCUCCACUGCUGUGUACCAUGCCUUUUCCGCACUGUGUUAUUUCACACCUGUCAUUGGAGCCAUCAUGGCAGACUCGUGGCUGGGGAAAUACAAGACGAUCAUCUACCUCUCCAUUGUGUAUGUUGUUGGCCAUCUGAUAAAGUCAGUCGGUGCCAUUCCAUCCCUGGGCAACCAGGCAGUUCAUGUGGUCCUGUCUAUGGUUGGUCUGUUUUUGAUCGCCCUUGGAACAGGAGGUAUCAAGCCCUGUGUCUCUGCAUUUGGUGGGGACCAGUUUGAAGAGGAACAUACCUCAGAGAGAAGCAAGUUUUUUUCCAUCUUCUAUUUAUCCAUUAAUGCUGGAAGUUUGAUCUCCACGUUUGUAACUCCUGUAUUAAGAGGAGAUGUGAAAUGUUUUGGAGAGGAUUGCUAUGCACUGGCUUUUGGUGUCCCAGCGGCACUGAUGGUGUUGGCACUUGUUGUGUUCAUUGCUGGAAGUGGACUGUACAGAAAAACACCACCACAAGGAAAUGUCUUGCUGGAAGUGUGCAAAUGCAUUGGUUUUGCUCUUAAAAACCGGCUGAAAAACCGCUCCCGUGAGAUUCCAAAGAGAGAUCACUGGCUGGACUGGGCUUCAGAAAAAUACUCAAAACAGCUGAUUGGGGAGGUUAAAAUGGUGACUCGUGUUCUCUUCCUCUUCAUACCACUGCCAAUGUUCUGGGCCCUGUUUGAUCAGCAGGGAUCCAGGUGGACUUUGCAAGCCACAAAAAUGAAUGCUGAUUUUGGAAUAUAUGUCCUUCAACCUGACCAAAUGCAGUUCUUAAACCCACUUCUUAUUCUUGUCUUCAUCCCAAUUUUUGACCUUGGGCUCUACCCCCUGAUAAACAUGUGCAAAUUGAAUUUCACACCUAUUAGGAAAAUGGCAACAGGUAUGAUCCUUGCAGGGCUGGCAUUUGGACUUGCAGCUGUUAUAGAAGUCAAAAUAAAUGAAACCGAUAUGCCUCGACUUGUCCCAAAAGAAAGUUUAAUACGGGUCCUGAAUUUGGCCAAGAACCCUGUUCAAGUGACAAUCCAAGACAAGGACCUAUUUCAGCAGCCUGUGGAGUCUUUUCAGAACCCAGCUGAGUACUCAAAAUUAAUAUUGAAUGGAGAGCAACAGAGCCUUAACUUCACCCUGCAACAUCAAGGAUUGACUCUUGCUUUUAACUACACCGUGAAGGAAAAAUCAGUAUACAGCUUAAUUGUUUUUGAGGCAGAAGGAAGCCUAUCAAGCCGCUUAAUUACAGACUUGGAAGCAAAGCCAGAAAAUGGUUUGGCAGCUGUUAGAUUCAUUAAUGGUUUGAGCCAAGAUGUCAACCUCACCAUCGAUAGCAAAAGGUUCAUUGCUGUUCAGAAAAACUACAGUGCUUCUGAGUACUCACUGCUGGAGAGGGACAUAUAUAAUAAUGGAAAAUGCAUAACUGAAACAGGAGAGUUCCCCCUGGAGCUGGGGCUGCUUGACUUUGGUGCCUCAUACACCAUUGUGAUAACUAAUAUUUCUGGAGGUGCUGUUGAGAAGUGGAAGUCAGAAGACAUCAAAGCCAACAAUGUCCAUAUGGCCUGGCAGUUACCACAAUAUUUAUUGAUAUCUGCUGGGGAGGUGAUGUUCUCCAUUACGGGUCUGGCCUUCUCCUAUUCUCAGUCUCCAGCCAGCAUGAAGUCGGUGCUGCAGGCAGGCUGGCUGCUCACCGUGGCUGUGGGGAAUACCUUUGUGCUCAUUGUUGCUGAGGCUGCACCAAUGGCACAGUGGGCUGAAUUUGUCUUGUUCACUGUUCUCCUCUUUGCUGUGUGCAUUAUUUUCUCCAUCAUGGGAUAUUUCUAUGUCAGUGUGGAUCCAGAGGACCUAGAAGAAAAGGAAGAGAAGAGAGAGACCUCAAGCAGAGGAAACAUGAUUGGUCUUGUUACUCAGAAAACAAAGCUCUAACACAUCAUGGGUUGGGAUUUUUUUUUCAACUCAGUUAUGGGAAGGUGAAAGACGGGUGGGGACAGGGUUAUUUUAUUUUAGAGCAUUGCAGUCUUUGUUACUCAAAAUGUAACCACCUUAUAAAUGGGACCAAAUGGCCCUCUAUAAAAACAAUGGGGGUCCUGAAAUCAGAGCAAAACUCCCUGGGAAAGCUCCUCAGGUAUUAAAAGCCCUUAUUAGUAAUUACAGUGUAAUUUAAAACCUGCCCACCUUUUUAAGCAUGGAAUGCUUUCCUAUGAUUUUGCCUUAAAUGUAUAUUUAGGGCAGCAGGGAGGAAGGGUGGAAGGAAUGCCAUAUGAUACAAAAAUCUGGAAAUGUUACGAGAGAAGAAAGAGGAAAAACUACUGUAGGAAUUAGGGAAGAAUAGAUGUUAGCGACAGAAGGAUUUUUAAUGCUAUCAUCAAGGACUGUAAGGGUUACACACAAUCCCAGAGGAUAUCAUCAUGUAACUCUCCUUAUGAGUAUUUCAUCCCAUUAUUGCAUGUUAUGAAUGGUUGUGAUUUAUGAUUUUCACCUUCAGGCUCAGAAGUAAUAACAGGGAAUUAAAUUCUGCAGGCUAAAAUAUUCCCAAAACACUGCUGACGAAGACAAGCAUGCUACCACCUCUCCCAUUUUUUUCCCUACAAGUUUUUAGCAACUGAUGGUGUUCUUUGAUUAGACAUGAUUAGAGAAUUGGUUUAUGCUUUCUUAUUUCAGAAUUCCAAACAGUUAUUUGCCAUCUUCCUAUACAUUAAGGCUUUAUUGGGCAUUUCCUUUUACAGCACCUGUCACUGCAAGUUAGGAUAUGGCUGAUUUCUUAUCUCAUGCCUCAGUUAUUCCCCACUGGGAGACAAGUUGCAGUAGUUUCUAUAAAAUUCCAGGCAUCCCACAGUGAGUUAUUUACAAGGAUGCACUUUAUCAUUUUUUUAGUUUACAAGGGGAGACCAUGGCAUAUGAGAUUUUUCUUUUUCCUCCUUGUUUUUCUGUCUCAACCAGACUUUGGAUAUAGCAAUUUCAUUGGAAUUGUGAUAUAAUUGUCUGAUUUUCCUCAAUUGCGUGAAGCUGUGAUUUUAUGUUCUGCAUAGGAGUAAUUCAACCACUGCUGAUCUAGUAGAACUCCUGAGAGAGUCCUGCCUUCCUCUGUCACUUCAAGGCCACAGUUGUAACAGGUCUGGCCUAAUUUAAAACAAGGUUGUCAAUACGAUCUUCAGGUUCACAGAGAAUAUAUUUUAAAUUUGGCAUUGGCCAUAGGUGGUCGCUGAUACUUGGAUUCAGGAGAUCACAAAAUACAUGUUUAAUUCCUGUUCAGGACAGUGCUAGGAAAUACACUUAGUUUGACACCUCA